AUGUUGAGUAAACUCAAACCUUUAUACGGGGUUCUUUCCACGCAGUUUGUGCACGAACAGAAGGAAUCCAUCGCUCACGCCAUCUCUACCGUUCAGAAAAUAAGCUACGACAACGCCUGGUAUGGUUCGCUCUUUCGCGUCGGCGAGGCCGAAUCUUUGACCGAUCUGAUUAUGGGGUUUUUAGUGGAAUGGUUGAUGGGAUAUAUUAUUUUAUACCCUUUUGCCGCGCUCUACUACGCGGUGUGGGUCGCGCCAUGGAGCGUUUACGCCUAUUGCUCCGGCUUUUCCGGUAUUCUACCUGCCUUGUUGGCCUAUGUUAUCGCGGUGAUGAUUAUGUUUUCACCUCUUUUGAUAUUGAUGGGUGGGGUUUAUCUGAUUUACAGCAAACACCUUCGCGGAAUGCCUAAUUUAUCCACCCGAGCGAGGCGCCGCAAUCAGACUCAUGAGGACUAAAAUAAAGAAAAAGUGGGAUAUAGGGCCCAAAUGCUCAUAGACUUUUCAAAUAGCAAAAUGGAUCAUUAUUUCGAUUUAUUGGUAUCUAAACUAUUAUUCGGAUGGAUCGGGGAUUCUGUUGUGCUUAUUCUUUUUCCAGCUUUCUCUUCCAAAUAUUCACAGCUCAGAAAAUUUCAAUUAAUAAAAUGAUAAAUAUCUAUCACAGCAUGUGCGGAUAUUUAUGGGAUACAGUUGUAGAUUUAUAACGAUGUGAAAUGCUAGAAAGGAAA